GGGGGGGGGCACGGCCGAGGGGCGUGGGUUCCCUGCUGGCGGCUGCGGAGCGGGGACGCCGGAGCGUUUUCGAUGAUACAGGCUGUUUUUAAUUAAAAGCCGGAAUUCAGCCAUUUUAACUGCAUUUCGGAGGGAGAAAAAGUAGGAAGAAAGCGGCGGAGCCCGCAGAUGGCCACGCCGGCUUCCUAGCCGUUGCCAGCCUGUUCGGAGAGGGCUUCACCCCGACUUUUCCAAAGUGGGGCGCGUGGGCAUGUUCCGAAGCGCUGAUUUUUUUUUUUUUUAGGAAAAGGAUACCUAAGAAUAUAUUUAAAAAAAUAAAUCACGGGAAACUCCUCGCCUCCUUGCGACCGGUAUCCUCGGAUGUGGCAAUCUUAGAUUUUUUUUUUCCAAAGUAAACGCGGAUCUGGUAACCAGAGCUGGAAACGGGAGGGAGAGAGGAAGAGGGGGUGUUUGUAACCAAAACCAUGUUAAAAUACCAAAGUUGGUGGGGUGGGGGGUGGGAUGGAGAAACUGAAGGGAGCCGGAGAACGCUGUGUGUGUGUGUGUGUGCGGCUUGAGGGUGUUGGGAACGGAGUUGGGGUGCAGGGCGGGUGGUGGCCGUUUGGGCUCCGGCCGGGCGUCUCGGCACCUCUCCCGGAGUUACCGAUCAGCCACCGAGGGCGGCCGGCCGGAGGACGGCUGAGAAAGGGUGGGCUCCACGACCCCCCCCCCCCUCUUCCCAACCCCACGGGAAUCGGCCAACGACAAAGCUUUUAAACAAACAUCUUGAAACGAACUACAGGGGGAUUUGCCCUGCGCUGGGGGGUGGCACCCCUCGGCCCCGCGCGGGCCUCUCCGCCCUCCCCCAAGCUUUCCUUUGUAGGUUAUUUUAAGGGUGUGUAAUGUGGGAAGGCAGGUUUGGAAGCGCUAUCCUAGAACUCCUUUUCUUUUCCGUCCGAUGUUCCCCCAAGUCCCAGCCACGGGGCCACGCGUCCUGGGAGCCGCAGAAUGAUUCCCAGGCCGGGGCGAUGGAAAAUGAAACCGAAGCUAGGUUUGGAGGAUUUUACAAAUCCUCCGGCGACCACGCCACGUCCUGGGGUCUUGGGGACCCAGGAUUCUGCGGCUCCAGGUGGCUCCGAUGCGGGCGGCAGGAGGGAGCGGCAAAGCCCCUUAAAAAUCAUAAGCCCUGUGCUUUUGCAGCAUCCCAUCCCAAUCGGGCAACCAUCACAAGAAACUAAGUACACUCCACUCAUUUGGCUUUUUUUUUUUUUAAAGCCACUACAGGAAAAUCAGACUGGGUUUGGGAGCGGGUAUGAAAAACAGACGAGGGGCCCAGAAAGGUUAAAUAUUAAACUUUACCGAUGAGAUAGUGUUGAGGGUGAUCUUCCCAGCAGCUCUGGAAGAGGCUUUACAGUUUUUCCACCCCGGAGGUUGUGACGCCCGGGAAUAAAACCCCUCUUAGGUGGUUUGUCUUAUUAGCCUUUCCGGGCACGGCCGGUUUGGCCUUCCCCGGUUUAGGGAGGACGCACCCGGCCAUCGCCGAGGCCGGGUUGGGGCUCUGCGCGCACCUGUCACUUCCCCAAAUCCAGUCCUUGGGAGCUGAGCCCUUUAGUAGGAAGGAAAACGUGGAUUUCUUUCUUUUUUUUUUUUUUUUAAGUUUUACCUUUCCGUAAAAAGGGUUCAACUCCCGAAUUUGUUUCUGGACACCCUCGAUCGACAGCCCCUGGCUCCGAAGGGCGCAAGGCGACUUGAUCAAACUUACAUUUUUUUCUCUCCUUUUUUCUUCUUCCCCCACCUUCCUCCCUUCCGUGGCUCGUCUUCUCCGCCAAGACACCGGGUGCGCCUCGCACAGCUCCGCCCGGCCGCCCCGAGAGGCCCUUCUGCCGGCCGUGCGCCCGGGGCCGCGCGCGGGCCGCCGCCAUGCACGCCGCGGAACCCCCGCCACCCGAGGCCUCCCGGACUGCGUCGAAGCCGAACUUUUAGUUCCCCGUGAUCGAGGCCGGCGGGCCAGGCGUGGGGGAGGCUGGCCGCGGCUCUCCCACGGAGGAUGGAUGGCCGAGACUUCGGGCCCCAGCGGUCCGUGCACGGCCCCCCGCCGCCGCUGUUGUCCGGCUUGGCCAUGGACGGCCACCGCGUGGGCGCGGCCACCGCCGGACGUUUGCCCGCGUCGGGCUUGCCGGGCCCGCUGCCGCCCGGGAAGUACAUGGCCGGUCUCAACCUCCACCCGCACCCGGGCGAAGCCCUCUUGGGCAGCUUUGUGGCCAGUGGGAUGGGGCCCUCGGCCUCGUCCCAGGGGAGCCCGGUGUCUCUGCCCUCUGACCUCUCCUUCCGCUCCCCCACCCCCAGCAACCUUUCCAUGGUGCACCUGUGGGCCGCCCAUGCCCAUGAAGGCUUUGCGCACCUGCCCAGCAGCCUGUACCCAUCCUACCUCCACUUGAACCACCUGGAGCCCCCCAGCAGCGGGAGCCCCCUCCUCAGCCAGCUGGGCCAACCCAGCAUUUUUGAUACCCAGAAAGAUGGCUUCUACCUGCCAGCCCCGGGGGCUCCGAGCGCCCUGCACUCGCACGCGGCUUCCUCCAGGACCCCUGGCGGCCCCGCAGCCAAGGGCUCCGCGCGGGACGUGGCCGGCAAGGAGCGCACGGGCCGGGGCGGCAGCGGCGGUGGCGGGGAGCCGCCCCCGCUGUUUGGCAAGAAGGACCCCCGGGCGCGGGAAGAGGUGGCGGGGCCGCGGGGCGUGGUGGACCUGACCCAGGAGGCGAGGAACGAGGGGCGGCAGGACCGCGGGCCCCCUCGCCUGGCCGACCGCCUGUCUCCCUUCGUGGCCGAGGUGAAGGCCAAGGGCGCCGUGCCACCAGCCCCUGGCGCCCGGAGCCUGUGCGGCGGCCCCGGGGAUGCGGGGCUGCCGCCCGCGCUGGUGGCCGAGGCGGCGGCACGGCAGGACGAGGGCGCCCGGCUGCUGCGCCCGCCCGCGCCCAGGCCCUGCGCAUCCCCGCCGCCGCUCCGGCCGCCCCCCUGCCCCGCCCCCCCGGGCCCCGCGGGAGUCUUUGCCGCGUUCCGAGAGCCGGGCCGCGAGCACCGCGUGGUGGCGCCCACCUUCGUGCCUUCCGUGGAGGCCUUCGAGGAGCGCGCGGGGCCCAUCCAGAUCGCCUCGCAGGCGCGCGACGCCCGCGCCCGGGAGCGCGACGUGGCCCGGCCCGGGGUCCUCCAGGCCCCUCCCGGCUCCCCGCGAACGGACCCUCGCCCGGAUCUCCCCGAGAUCCUGCGGGAAAAGAACUCCGUGAUCCGCACGCUCAAGCGUCCGCCGCCGCCCGUGCCCGUGCCCGUGCCCGUGCCCGAGGCGGCCCCGGCCCGCGGUGCCCCGGCGCGCGCCUCUCCGGCCCCCAAAGAGCCGCCCAAGCCGGAGGGGGAGCCGCGAGCCUGUGACCGCGCGGCCCGCGGGCCCGGCGCCCACGCUGCCCAUGCCGCCAGCGCCGCCCGGCUCCUCGGCCUGGAGCCCGCGCGCCCGGUUGCGCCCGCCGCCCCCGAGCCCAAGUGGAAGCCGCUGGAGCUGGGCCACCUGGCCACGGCGCAGAUGGCCGCGCUGGCCGCUCAGCACCACCACGCGGGCCGCGCGGGGCCCGGGCCCGGGCCUGACGACGACGCCCUGGCCGCCGCCAAGAAGGCCUACCUGGACCCCGGGGCCGCGCUGCCCCGCAGCCCCGCCGCCUGCGCCCGGCCCGGCGCCGCCGACCUCGGCGAGGCCUCGGCCAUGCAGAGCCUCAUCAAGUACAGCGGCAGCUUCGCCCGCGACGCCACGGCCUUGCGCCCUGCAGGCGCCGGCACCAGGAAGAACCCCUUCGGGGGCCUGGGCACCAUGAAGCCCGAGCCCACGCCCGCCGCCGCCGGAGCCCCCCGAGGAGCCCAGGCCCGUGUCCCGCACCCCGCAGCCCCCGCGCCCACCGCCGGCCGCCAGCUGAAGCGGGACCCCGAGAGGCCCGAGAGUGCCAAGGCCUUCGGCCGGGACGUGCCCGGAGCCCAGGGUGAGGCCGAGGUGCGGCACCCGCCUGUGGGCAUCGCUGUGGCUGUGGCCCGGCAGAAGGACAGUGGGGGCAGCGGCCGGCUGGGCCCCGGGCUGGGGGACCAGGAGCGGCCCUUGUCCCUGAGUAGCGGCAAAGGGCACGGCCGGGCGGAGGAGGGCUGUGUGGACGAGCGCUCCAGACACCGGGAGGAGCGGCUGCUUGGGGGCCGGCUGGACCGGGAGCAGGAGAAGCUGCUCCGGGAGAGUAAGGAGCUGGCCGACCUCGCCCGCCUGCACCCCACCAGCUGCGCCCCCAACGGCCUGAACCCCAACCUCAUGGUGACCGGCGGCCCCGCGCUGGCAGGCUCGGGGCGCUGGUCAGCGGAUCCCGCGGCCCACCUGGCCUCACACCCCUGGUUGCCGCGAUCGGGGGGAUCGUCCAUGUGGCUGGCAGGACAUCCGUACGGCCUGGGCCCCCCGCCUCUGCACCAGGGCGUGUCCCCCGCCUUCCCGCCUGGCCUGGGGAGCUCCCUGCCCUCGGCCUACCAGUUUGUCCGGGACCCCCAGUCUGGCCAGCUGGUGGUCAUCCCCAGUGACCACCUGCCUCAUUUUGCGGAGCUGAUGGAGCGGGCUGCGGUGCCCCCGCUGUGGCCAGCGCUGUACCCGCCCGGCCGUGCCCCCCUGCACCAUGCACAGCAGCUGCAGCUCUUCUCGCAGCAGCACUUCCUGCGGCAGCAAGAGUUCCUGUACCUGCAGCAGCAGGCUGCCCAGGCCCUGGAGCUGCAGCGCAGCGCCCAGCUGGUGCAGGAGCGGCUGAAGACCCAGGAGCAUCGGGCAGACAUGGAGGAGAAGGUGGCCAAGCGGAGCCUGGAAGCCUCGGCCAAGGCCAGCCUGGCCAACUCGGGCCCUGGGCUGCUGCCCCGCAAGCCACCUGGCCUGGGCACGGGGCCUGCCGGGGCCUACGGCAAGGCCGUGAGCCCGCCGCCCUCGCCCCGAGCUUCCUCUGUGGCCGCGCUGAAGGCCAAGGUCAUCCAGAAGCUAGAAGACGUGGUCUCCAAGCCGCCCCCCUAUGCCUACCCUGCCACGCCCAGCUCCCACCCGAGCAGCCCCCCGCCCGCCUCCCCACCGCCCAACCCUGGCCUGCCCCGUAAGGAGGAGGCCCCCGAGAACGUUGUAGAGAAGAAAGAUCUGGAACUGGACAAGGAAGCGCCCAGUCCCUUCCAGAGCUUAUUCUCAGAUAUCCCCCCCAGGUACCCGUUCCAGGCCCUGCCACCCCACUACGGGCGGCCGUACCCCUUCCUGCUGCAGCCCACCGCAGCUGCUGAUGCCGAUGGCCUGGCCCCCGACGUGCCACUGCCCGCUGAUGGCCCUGAGCACCUGGCGCUGUCACCUGAGGACAAACCCAUCCGCCUGUCCCCCAAGAUUCCUGAGCCUCUGGCCGAGGGCCGUGAGGAGCCGCCGCUGGCCCCGCGGGAGGUGAAGGCCGAGGUGGAGGAUGAGGACCAGGGCCCGCCAGAGCUGCCUCCCGUGGAGUCGCCGCUCGCCAUGCCUGUCCCCGACGGCUUGGCGGCUGCCAGCCCUGCGGGUGGCUGCAGAGGCAGCAUGUUGGAGGCCCAGGUGUUGAGGACCACCGUGGAGCCCACGGAGGCCCUAGAACUGGAGGAGGGGGCGGAAGUGCAGGUGGAGAUGCCGGGCCGGACGGAAGCCCUGGAGCUGGGGACCCUGAGCCCCGAGCCCCUGGUGGAGACAAAGGAGGAACCGGUAGAGGUGCCCCUGGAUGUGCCUGCCGACCACCCCGUCGUGGAGGCUGCGCCUGAGGAAACCCUGGUGCAGCCGGCUCUCAGUCAGCCCCAGCCCAGCCUGGAACUGCCUGUUGGAGAGGGGCAGUGCUCGAACCUGGAGGCCCAGGAGGCUGGGCCGGGCCGGGCCUGCUACCUGGAGGAGACCAGCCCAGGCCAUGAGGAUCCCCUGGCCGGCAUGAAUGCCCUGGCAGCGGCGGCCGAGCUGCCCCAGGCUAGGCCUCUGCCCUCCUUGGCCACUGGAGUCCAGGCCGUGGAGAAACCGGACACGACUCAGAACUUGGCCUUGGAGCAGAGCUUCCUGCAAGGCAUCACGCUGCUGAGCGAGAUCGCGGAGCUGGAGCUGGAGAGGAGGAGCCAGGAGGCCGGAGAUGCGGAGCUGGGCCUUCCCGUGCGGCCCUCCCUGGAGAGCCUCCUGGCUGCCAGCAGCCACAUGCUGAAGGAGGUGUUGGACAGCCCCUUUGUGGACCCCCUCAAGAACCUGCGGCUUCCACGGGAGCUGAACCCCAACAAGAAGUACAGCUGGAUGCAGAGGAAAGAAGAGCGGAUGUACGCCAUGAAGUCGUCGCUGGAGGACAUGGAUGCCCUGGAGCUGGACUUCCGGAUGCGGCUGGCCGAGGUCCAGCGGCAGUACAAAGAAAAGCAGCGGGAGCUGGUGAAGCUCCAGCGCCGCCGGGACUCGGGGGACAGGCACGAGGAUUCCCAUAGGAGCCUGGCACGCAGAGGCCCUGGCAGGCCACGGAAACGGACCCACACCCCGAGCGCCCUGUCGCCCCCCUGCAAGAGAGGGAGGAGCCACAGCAGUAGCGGAAAGUUGAGCAAAUCCCUGCUGACGGCAGAUGACUACGAGCUGGGAGCAGGGAUAAGAAAGAGGCACAAAGGAUCGGAGGAGGAGCAUGAUGUCCUCAUGGCGAUGGGAAAAGCCAGGGGGAGGAACCAGAGCUGGGAAGAACAUGAAGCCUCCUCUGACUUUCUAAGUCAGCUGAAAAUUAAGAAGAAGAAGAUGGCCAGUGACCAGGAACAACUGGCAAGCAAGCUAGACAAGGCCCUCUCCCUCACAAAGCAGGACAAGUUGAAGUCGCCCUUCAAGUUUUCGGACCCCUCUGGGGGAAAAUCCAAAAGCAAUGGGGGCUGCAGCAGGUUCUUGACUUCUUAUGACAGUCUGCUGAGCAAGGACAGGAAGGCGCUGGCCAAAGGCCUGGGCCUAUCUUUGAAAUCCUCCAGAGAAGGGAAACACAAAAGGGCUUCCAAAGCCAGGAAGAUGGAGGUGGGGUUCAAGGUCAGAGGCCAGCCCAAGUCGGCCCAUUCCCCCUUCGCCUCGGAAGUGAGCAGCUACUCCUACAAUACGGACUCUGAGGAAGAGGAUGACUUCCUGAAGGACGAGUGGUCUGCUCAAGGCCCCUCCAGCUCCAAACUCACCUCCUCCCUCCUGUGCGGCAUGGUGGCCAAGAACAGCAAGCCAGUGGCAGGCCCUAAACUGACCAAGAGGGGCCUAGCAUCCCCCCGAACUCUGAAAGCCAAGGCAGGUGCUAGCAGAAAGCAGCCUUUCUGCUUGCUGCUUCGAGAAGCUGAGGCCCGCUCCUCCUUCAGCGACUCUUCGGAGAACUCCUUUGACCAAGAUGAGAGCUCAGAAGACGAUGACGAGGAGGAGGAGGAGGAGGAUCUGGAGGAGGAGGAAGAGGAGGAGGAGGAGGAGGAGGAGGAAACUGGCAAUGGUGGCUAUAGGCUAGGCCCCCGAGAGCGGGCUCUGUCGCCAGGCCUGGAAGAGAGUGGGCUGGGUUUGCUUGCACGUUUUGCAGCCAGCGCCCUUCCCAGCCCCACAGUGGGGCCAGCCCUGUCAGUGGUCCAGCUGGAGGCCAAGCAGAAGGCCCGCAAGAAGGAGGAGCGACAGACGCUAAUGGGCACGGAGUUUGAGUAUACGGACUCAGAGAGUGAGGUCAAGGUGCGCAGACAGUCGCCUGCCGGGGUGCUGCGGCCCAAGAAGGGGCUGGGGGAGCCGGGCCCCCCACUGCCUGCGCCCACCACUGGUGCCCGUGGCCCCGGCCCCACCAGCCCAGACAAGACCAAGCUGGCACCGGAGAAGGGGCGCAAGGCCCGAAAACUGCGGGGCCCCAAAGAGCCGGGCUUUGAGGCUGGGCCUGAGGCCAGCGACGACGACCUGUGGACGCGGCGCCGCAGCGAGCGCAUCUUCCUGCACGACGCCAGCGCCGCGGCCCCCACGCCCAGCAUUGCACCUGCGCCCAGGGCCGCCCGCGCCAAGGCCGGCGCCCCCAGCCCGCGCAAGGACGCCGGCCGAGCCAAGGACAGGAAGGACCCUCGUAAGAAGAAGAAAGGCAAGGAGGCCGGGCCCGCCACCUCACUGCCAGCCCCCCGGGUUCCUGCCCUGCCUCCUGAUGCCAGGGCCCCACAUGCUGGGCCCUUGGUGACUGCGAGGAGGAGCAAGGCCAAGCCCAAGGGGAAGGAGGUGAAGAAGGAGAACCGGGGCAAAGGCGGGGCUGUGAGCAAGCUGAUGGAGUGCAUGGCUGCUGAGGAGGACUUCGAACCCAACCAGGACUCCAGCUUCUCUGAGGAUGAGCACUUGCCGCAUGGCGGGGUUGUGGAGCGGCCCCUGACUCCAGCACCGCGUUCCUGCAUCAUUGACAAGGACGAGCUGAAGGACGGCUUGCGCGUGCUCAUCCCCAUGGACGACAAGCUGCUGUAUGCAGGCCACGUGCACACCGUGCAUUCCCCGGACAUAUACCGCGUGGUAGUGGAGGGUGAACGAGGGAACCGGCCCCACAUCUACUGCCUGGAGCAGCUGCUCCAGGAGGCGAUCAUUGACGUGCGGCCAGCCUCCACGCGUUACCUGCCACAAGGGACCAGGAUUGCUGCCUACUGGAGCCAGCAGUACCGCUGCCUAUACCCCGGCACUGUGGUCCGAGGGUUGCUGGACCUUGAAGAUGACGGAGACCUGAUCACCGUGGAGUUUGACGACGGAGACACGGGCAGGAUCCCACUCUCCCAUAUCCGCCUCCUGCCACCAGACUACAAGAUCCAGUGUGCGGAGCCCUCCCCUGCCCUCCUGGUGCCCAGCGCCAAGCGCCGUAGCCGCAAGACCAGCAAGGACACCAGGGAGGGCAAAGAGGGCGCUGGGACGGGCUCGGAGGAGCCGGGAGCUAAGGCGCGAGGGCGCGGGCGAAAACCCAGUGCCAAGGCCAAGGGUGACAGAGCGGCCGCCCUGGAGGAGGGGACUGCCAAGGAGGAGGUCCCCAGUUCUGCCUUGGCCCUGGAGCCAGUCAGUACCCCAAGCUCCAAGAAGAGCACCCCAGAACCUGUGGACAAGCGGGCCAAGGCCGCAAAGGCUCGCCCACCACCCCCACAGCCCAGCCCUGUACCGCCCACCUUCACCAGCUGCCCGGCUCCUGAGCCCUUUGGAGAGCUGCCGGCCCCUGCCACGGCCCUGGCCCCCGCCCCUCUUGUCGCCAUGCCCGCCACCCGCCCAAAGCCCAAGAAGACGCGCGUUGCCGAAGAGUCGGCCACCAAGGGUCCCCGGAGGCCAGCAGAGGAGGCCAAGCUGCUUGUCAAACUGGACCACGAGGGGGUCACCUCCCCGAAAAGCAAGAAGGCCAAAGAGGCCCUGCUUCUGCGGGAAGACCCGGGGGCCGGGGGCUGGCAGGAGCCCAAGGGCCUGCUGAGCCUAGCCAGCUAUGCCCCGGCAGCCGGCAGUGGAGAGCCCAAGACGGCCUGGCCCAAGGCCCUGGAGGGGGACCUCACCCAAGAGCCCGGGCCAGGGCUCCCACUGGAGGGUCCCGAGACCCCCAAGAGCCCGGACAAGGCCCAGGCCGAGCAGGAUGGGGCUGAGGAGUCGGAGACGAACAGCAGCAGCAGCAGCAGCAGUAGCAGCAGCGGCAGCAGCAGCAGCAGCAGUAGUGGCAGCAGCUCAGAGACCGAGGGCGAGGAGGACGGGGACAAAACUGGGGGAGAGGGCCGGGGCGCCGGGGGCCGGCACUGCAGUGCUUCCAGCUCCAGGGCCUCCUCCCCAGCUUCCUCCUCCUCUUCCUCCUCCUCCUCCUCCUCUUCCUCCUCCUCCUCUUCUUCCUCUUCUUCCUCUUCCUCCUCCUCCUCUUCCUCCUCCUCUUCGUCCUCUUCUUCAUCGUCCUCCUCCUCUUCCUCCUCUUCUUCCUCCUCCUCCACCACAGACGAGGACUCCUCCUGCAGUUCCGAUGAUGAGGUGGCGCCCGUGCCCUCGGCCAGCCCCUCCACCCCACCCACCCUGCCCAGCAAGGUGGCCAAGCCAGCCAGCAAGGCCCGCUCCUCGGCCCACUCCCCAGGCAAGAAGGCGCCUGCUGCCCAGCCCCCUGUCCCGCCGCCCCAGCCCCCACCACCCAAGGCCCAGGCCGGGGCCGGGGCCAAGAGCCGACCCAAGAAGAGAGAGGGCGUCCACCUGCCCACCACCAAGGAGCUGGCCAAGCGCCAGCGCCUACCAUCCGUGGAGAACAGGCCCAAGAUUGCCGCCUUCCUGCCCGCCCGGCAGCUCUGGAAGUGGUUCGGCAAGCCCACCCAGCGGCGCGGCAUGAAGGGCAAGGCCCGCAAGCUCUUCUACAAGGCCAUCGUGCGCGGCAAGGAGAUGAUUCGCAUCGGGGACUGCGCUGUGUUCCUAUCGGCCGGCCGGCCCAACCUGCCCUACAUCGGCCGCAUCCAGAGCAUGUGGGAGUCUUGGGGCAACAACAUGGUGGUCCGCGUCAAGUGGUUCUACCACCCCGAGGAGACCAGCCCGGGCAAGCAGUUCCACGAGGGCCAACACUGGGACCCGAAGUCCAGCCGCAGCCUCCCCACGGCCCUGCGUGCCUCGAGCCAGAGGAAGGACUUCAUGGAGCGCGCCCUGUACCAGUCUUCGCACGUGGACGAGAACGACGUGCAGACCGUGUCGCACAAGUGCCUGGUGGUGGGCCUGGAGCAGUACGAGCAGAUGGUCAAGACCAAGAAGUACCAGGACGGCGAGGGCCUGUACUACCUGGCCGGCACCUAUGAGCCCACCACCGGCAUGAUCUUCUCCACAGACGGUGUGCCCGUCCUCUGCUGAGCGCUCCCCGGCCCUGCCGCGGUGCGCCUGGCCAGGUGUGCCAGCGGACGCUCUGCGAGUGUGUACAUGUGUGUACUGUAUGCAUGCACGUGUGUGCACAUGUGCACAUGUCCCUUUGGCGCCCCCAUGCAGGGUUGAGUGUGGCUCGGGGUGGCCCUGGCCAGGACCCGUGCUGGCGUCCCUUGAGCACCCCGUUGACACCUGGCGAGAUCCCCAUGCUCCCCCCCACCCCCCAAGCCUGUGCAGACUGACGUGGUGGGGAGCCAGCUUCUGAGGGACCGGACAGACAUUCACCGCGGGGUUCAGCCACCCGCAGCAUGGAGCUUACCCUCAAGGGUCCCCCAGCAUGGGUUGGGGGUCCCCCAGUGCCAUCCAGACUCAGUGACUAUACCGGGCAUCUGGGCGCCUGCUACGCCCUCCUCCAUGGUCUCAGCGCAGCCUAGACUUGGGGAACAAGCCAGGGGGAGGCAGCCCCAACGCAUCACCCGUGCCAGACCUUCACACUACGAGAACCCCCCUAAAAUGGUGCUGAACCCUGUGCCCGGCCGUGUCCAGCCCCUCCCACAAUAGGGAGGGCCGCUCUUACCUGUACAGUUUUAUUGUACCAAGAGACUCGCCCGUCCUUGUAUCAUACACCUUCAAAUGGAGUCGACUUUUUAAUUAUAUAUAUAAAGAUAAAUAUAUAUAAAUAUAUAUAUAUAAACUUUUUAAAACUGUGAAAAAAAUAGCUAUGAAAUUAUAAAAAAAAAAAAGCAAACACAUUCUGACGUGCAGAAUAUUAUUUUUUAUUUCCUGUUAGAUUGUGAGUGUCUAGCACCCGGCUUCACCGCCAUCCUCAGCCCUUAGCACCCCCGCCCUGCCCAUGUGUACUGUAUGCACCCCCAGAUGGAGAAAGGAGAGAGGGAGAGGGGACCCCGAGCUUGGCCCCUGCUCGGCCCAAAAGCACUUAACCAGCCCCUGCGCCGUCCGGACCCCGGAGGCCCCAGCAGACAAUCUAGAGGAAAGGAAAAGCCAGACUUCGGGUUUUGUUUUGUUUUGUUUUGGGAGGGUGGGGGAGUUAUUGUUUGCCUUUUUCUUUUUUUUUUUUUUAAGUUUCUUUUGGAAUUUUGUUUGUUGGCAAAAAUUCUGUGUGAUCUUUUUCAUAAAAAAAAAAAGAAAAAAAGAUUUAAUUGGAAAAAUACUGUUGCUUGGAGUGAUUUCUUUGAGGUGUGGGUGGUUCGUUCUGGGAGCCGCCAGCCACAUCAGGCACUGGACGUGGAGGCAGAGGAGCCACUGGUUGUGUGGGACUA